UAGAUCCAAAGAGAGACUGAUGAACCAAGAGAUUGGUAGUGGACAGGGGCAACAGACGAUGACGGACAGAUGGAUCCGAGCAGUAGUUGAAGCGAUCCACUCCACUCCUACUCAGGCCGUUCUCUACUUCUCCGGCGGCGCUUCUCAGGUGUUAGGGUGGUUGUCAUCAAUUCCCGGUGCUUCAAACACAGUUCUUGAAGUUAUUGUUCCUUAUUCUCGAAUGUCCAUGAUCCAAUUGCUUGGCAAGGUGCCUGUUCAAUUCACUAGCAAGGAGACUGCCGAAGACAUGGCAUUAGUGGCUUAUAAUCGCGCUCUAAAGCUCUCAAAACCAGGUUCUCCGGUCGUAGGUGUGGGAUUUACUGGUUCUUUGGUUACCACACAUCCAAAACUAGGGGAUCACAGGUUUCACUUGUCCACACGAACUUCCAACCAGCUUUGGACUUCUUCAGUAACUUUGUCAAAGGGUUUGGGAAGAAGUCGAGAGCAAGAAGAACGAGUAUCAAGCCAAGUUUUACUGAAGGCGAUUGCAGAUGCCUGCAAGGUUGCAAGUACAAUAAAGUUUGUUUCAGAUUUGACUGAAGGUGAAGUUCCUGCUGUAAGUGAGCAGUGCUUUAACGAAGACCAGGAAUUAGAACAACUAAUACAUGGAAAAAUAUGCUUCAAAGUCUUCCCAUUUUCAAGUGGGAUACUGACUACAAGUGGAGAAAGAAAAGUAAUUCUUUCCGGCUCAUUUAACCCGCUACAUAAUGGUCACCUUAAGCUCUUGGAAGUUGCGAUGAGUCUCUGUACUGAUGGAUAUCCAUGCUUUGAGUUGUCAGCCAUAAAUGCAGACAAACCUCCGCUGACAGUUGAAGAGAUUAAAGAUCGCGUUAAACAAUUUGAAAAAGCUGGAAAGACGGUGAUUAUUUCUAAUCAGCCAUAUUUCUACAAAAAAGCAGAGCUUUUCCCCGGCAGUGCUUUUGUAAUCGGUGCUGAUACAGCAGCAAGGCUUAUAAAUCCGAAAUACUAUGGUGGCAACUAUGAGAAUAUGGUAGAGACGCUCCUUGGAUGUAAAAAUACGGGAUGCACUUUCCUCGUAGGUGGUCGAAACAUGCAUGGUGUUUUUAAGGUUUUGGAAGAUUUUGACAUCCCGGGCGAGUUAAAAGACAUGUUUAUUUCAAUACCAGUGGAUAAGUUCCGAAUGGACAUUUCGUCAACCGAUAUAAGGAAAAGCCGAGUGUAAAAUAAUCCUAUUUUAAGUAGAUUUACCAGUCCAAGUUACUUUGUGACCUUUAUUAAGGAAUCUCUAUGUUAUUUAAACUACGUUGGUAUUAACACAUUUCUAUCAUAAGCUGCAAAUGCAGUUUUUU